UCAUCUCAAUCCUAGCUUUUUAUUGCUUGUCUUGUCUAAUUUUUGCUAAGAUGUUCAUCCAAAAUAUAAUUAUGACCAGGCAUGCACUUUUAGCCAUGUGUUUCUUGAUUAUACUUCUUUCAAUGCUCUUUGCCCUUGUUCUUGCAGACCCUCUAUUCACUAUUUGUUCAACUACUGAAUAUGGUAACUAUGAUCUGAAAAGCCCAUUCGGAAAGAACGUGAAGAUUGUCCUUGAAACCUUGCCUUCCAUUACUUCAUCAACCGGCUAUAACAGCACAGCUAUCGGUGAAUUCCCUGACAAAGUCACUGGCAAAGCACUUUGUAGGGGAGAUGUCACUUCGAGUGCUUGUCAGACGUGUUUGAGAGAUGCAAGCCAAAAACUGUUGAAAGAUUGCGAAAGUAAAGAAGCAAUCAUAUGGUAUGAACGAUGCCAAAUUCACUACUCGUUUGAGAAUAUAACUUCAUUGGAUGUUUAUGCCGGGAAGUAUCCAGACAUGGAAUCUCAUAAUAAAUCCGUAUCAGAUCCUGUUCAUUUCUAUGACAAUGUAAGGUUCCUCAUGGACAACCUGUCAAAUGAGGCGGCGCUCAAUCGUUCAAAGCUCAUGUUUGAAACUGGGGAAAUCAAGUUUUCAAGGAACGAAACCAUAUAUGGCCAUGUACAGUGCACUAGAGAUAUCAGAGAAGAUGAGUGUCAGAAAUGUUUGAGCUCUGCUUUGAUUGAUCUCAAGGGAUGUUGUUCUUCAAAGCAAGGUGGAAUUAUUGUUAGUAGGAAUUGCAAUGUAAGAUUUGAGCUGUACAAAUACUACAACACCUCAAGUCACUUGAUAACAUUCCCAACUCCUAAAGGCAGGAGUAACUGGAAGAUGGUGGCAAUUAUUGUGUUUAUACCUACAAUGGUGCUUACAAUAGUCAUUGGAUCUUUCAUUUUCUGUCUGAGGCGAAAAAGAAGAAGACAAAGAGACAUGGAAAGAAGUCACCUAACAUUUUUAAAGGAAUCAGCAAGUCCAAUAGGGUUCACAACGACAGAAGAAGGUCAGUUGGUAAGUUCUGAGGACCUGCCUUUCAUGGACUUAAAUACUAUCAGAGCAGCCACAGACAACUUCUCCGACUCGAAUAAGCUUGGACAAGGUGGGUUUGGCACUGUUUAUAAGGGUAUGUUAACAAAUGUGAAAGAAAUAGCUGUUAAAAGGCUUUCAAUAAAGUCAUGGCAAGGUUUAGAGGAGUUCAAGAAUGAAUUCAUGCUAAUUGAAAAAUUACAACACCGAAACCUGGUGAGGCUGUUGGGAUGUGGCAUGGAAGGAGAGGAAAAGCUGCUCAUAUAUGAGUUCAUGCCUAACAAAAGCCUUGAUAUUUUUAUCUUCGAUGCCGAAAGACGUGCACAGCUUGAUUGGGAGACAUGUUACAACAUAAUUGGUGGCAUUGCUAGAGGACUUCUUUAUCUACACGAGGAUUCGCGGCUUAGAAUCAUUCACCGGGAUUUGAAACCUAGCAAUGUUCUACUGGACCACGAAAUGGUUGCCAAGAUAUCAGACUUUGGCAUGGCCAGAAUUUUCGGCGAAAACCAAAACAAAGCAAACACCAGAAGAGUAGUAGGAACGUUCGGAUACAUGGCUCCAGAGUACGCAAUGGAAGGAAUAUUCUCAGUGAAAUCGGAUGUCUUCAGCUUUGGUGUUAUACUUCUUGAGAUCAUAAGUGGGAAAAGAAGCAGUGGUUUUUACCUCACAGAGCAUGGCCAGACACUCUUAGCAUAUGCAUGGAGAUUAUGGAUCGAAGGGAAGGCAAUGGAGUUUGCGGAUCCUUUGUUGGUGGAAAGAAGCCCAGCAGAAGGGAUUUUGAGGUGCGUGCAUAUUGGGCUGUUAUGUGUGCAGAAGGAUCCAGCAGACAGGCCCACAAUGUCAUUUGUGGAUUUAGCAUUGGCAAGCGACCCAAUAGCUCUUCCUCAACCCCAGCAACCAGCCUUUUCUCUUGUUAAAAUUGUUCCAGCUGACAAGUCUUCAUCAACAGAUCGUUCAGUGAAUCAGAUGACAGUCUCUAGUUUCUUACCGAGGUGAUUGUCAAUGAAAUUGCCACUAUGUUAAUGUGUCCGGCAACAGGCAUGGUUGGGAAUAUAUUAUUUCACUAGUGUAUAAUAACAAUGUGUCUGAUAUUCUUAACCACUUUGUUUAUGUGCCAUGCUUGUGAAUGAA